UACAGCGAGGCCAAUGCGGCGUCAACUCUUCCUCUUGCUUCGUAAAUCCCAGCUCGUGAUGCAGCCCGGCUGUUCCUCCGGAGCGCCUCCCCCCAUCCGAGCUCUUCCGGCUGGGCCGCCUCCCUCCCUCCGCCCUUCUGAUCCUCUUAUCAGCGAGUAAGCGGCCAAGAUGGAUGUUGCGAACCAGCUGGUGGCCCAAGGGCAGUUCACAGUAGUCAAGCAACCACUGGGAUUUAUAAAAGUACUACAGUGGAUUUGCAGCACAGCAGUCAGAGGCAUGAGUGUGCUGCAUGACUCUGUAGUCCUUCCCUGGAGCUAUGUGAGUGUGCCAGCACCUCAUCGCUGUCUCCCUGGGUCACUGCGAGCCAACCAACCAAUCAGCUUCCUCGCUCUGGAGGCCAGGGUGAUGCAUGAAUCAUCUGUCAGAGAGGGUCUGCGUGCCUCAGCGUCAGGCUGGAGGAAAGGCUGCCAGAGCGCCUGCUCGUUCUGCAUCAUUAUGGAUCAAAAUGGACAGGGCCACCUAAAAACCCAAACACCUCAGAGGAGACACAGAGGAGAUGACGAGCCUCUAGCAAAGCAGGAGGAGCAGAAACCAGCUUGCUUCCUGCUAGCUGCGUUACCAUGGCGCUGGCUGUGUGGCAUCGUUACUUUGACCGCCCAGUACUUACUGAACCACCACACAGACGGAGGGUUGAUGGACUUUGUUGUGACGGCAGUGUUUGCCUUCAUGUGGCUGGUCUCAUCAUGUGCUUGGGCUAAAGGCCUGUCAGACGUGAAGACAGCCACCGAUCCAGAGAGGGUCAUCACUCUCAUCCCGGCCUGCGAAGAUCAGGAAAACCUCUGCAAAGAGGUCUACGACCCCAAAGUCUCCGGGCUCAACACCUCUGUGGCUUUUGGUUUCAUCAAUCUGAUCCUAUGGGUGGGAAACCUGUGGUUCGUCUUCAAAGAGACCGGCUGGAUGGCUGCGGUCUUCCCAUCUAAACAGCUGCAGGAUGGGCGAUCUGGUCAUCGUUGGAGCGUUUCUCGACCACCACCUGCGUCUCCACAUCUUCUGUGUGUCUGUUUGUGUGUCUGUGAGUCGGCAGGCGGCGGGAGGGGAGGCCGCACUCUUACCAUAAGGGAUCUGGGAUUUCUUCUGUUUGCUGUAACAAUGCUGAUUAUUCACGUGAUGUAUUUAACUGUAAAAGACAACAGAGGAUUGUCUGUUUGGGUAUACGAGAAAAACUUGAACACAAAUACCAAAACAAUCGUAAGGGGAACCUUGUUGUAACGGAGAAAAUUUACGAGGGGGGAAAAAAAUUGUAGUUAUAUUUAACUUGAGAGAAUGUAUUUGUCUGUGCUGUGUAAAUAUCGACUUGCUGAUAUAUAAAUAUAUAUAUGAUUAUAUGUACACGGUUGAAUAAUUGUGCACUCUAUAUUAGUUGUUAUACAACAAAUGUUGAGCACAGAGUUAUUCAAUUGCAUUUAUUUUGGUUCUGUUUAGGAGCUCUCAUAGUUUAAAUCUUUACUGUCCGGAUUCACAGUCGCAUUUAAAUCUGAACAUUUGCUUUAAAUUAAUGAUUUAAAAAAUAGAAAUCUGGGCGAAGGCUGCAAAUAAUGACUAAAAACAAAGAUAUCUAUCUAUAGAGAAGUGAGUGACAGUGGUAAUGUCAGUGAUGAAAGUAGGUUUUUAUAUAUUUUUCAACCAUCUAAUAUCACAAGUGGAUGCUUUCUGGUUGUGCACUGAUUAUUGUCAAUCCUGGCAUCUGCAAAUCACAAGUCCACACGGAGAAGAAAAUGACCUUUGGCGUCUCAUAUUUGCUGUGUUGUCAGUAUGGAAAUUGUGAAAUCAGAUGGUGUAGUAAGAGUUUCUGUGUGUUUGUUUGGAUGGCAUUUAUUUUAUUUUGUCAAAAAAAGAAAAAAAAAAUCUCGUCCUUUUCUCGAUCGCCUUCUUUGUGAUUCGGAAAGUCCAGAGUUGCGUGUGUUUGUUUUUUUGUUUUUUAUGGUGUUUUUGUCACACUUGCAUCACUUCAACACAGAAUAAAAAGUGAACGAGUGCUUAUUAGAUUCUAAAAAUCAUUGUCGUGCCACACACGACGCGCCGUCUUCAUCCCGCCCUCGACUCUCCUCCUCUUCCGAUUGGAAAGCCGGUUUAGUGCAUGCAUCCUACUCCGACAUUCCAUCAAUAAUCCUAGGCAAACAAACAAAGCUAGACUACACAGCGAACCCGAUGUUUGGUACACAACACUGAUUAUUACAGCAGCUCUGUCAUAAUCUACUGAAAGCACAAAGUGCUGCAACGGUUGCUUGUAUCCAGAUGCAAACACACCUGUACGGCUGCGGCUGCCCAUCCUCCGUACGGAUCUCCAAGCAGCAUGUUUGCCAAACCAUAGCAGAUGUGUUUUAUUGGUAUUUAGCUUCCACAGCUCUCAACAGAAACAGCUGUAGUUCAACUCCAGUGCGUCUUUAGUUAUUGUAAAUUCUUGCUCUCUCUCUCUCCUUUUUUUAUUUUUAAAUCAGGGUUCUUAGAUCCAGAAGCUACUUGCUUUCUCUCCUGUUCUGUCUUUCUUUCUCUUCCACUGUAGCUCUUAUAAAUAUGCUGAAAUGAAAUAUAGUCUGUCGUUAGUGGUGAAUGAUGUCUUGUGAUACUCUCUAAGCCCUCGAAUAGUGCUGUGUUUUAUUGUGUAUGAUGUAUUCAUAUUAGUAUUUAUGAUGAUGAUAAGUCGGAAAAAAUAUCCAAGACUCUCCAAAGUUUUGCCGUAUUCUUAUUAUAUGGGAUUCAUGUGAAACUAAAUGAAAUAAACUUGAAAUUAUUCUGUUGAAGAA